AUGCAUAAUAGUGAAGAGAUUCAACUGUAUGACAGUUAUCCCAGUGACAGAGUCAGGAUCUAUCUGGAUUAUGAGGCUGGGUGGAUCUCCUUUUGGGCUAUGUGUGACCUGAUCCGACACCUCCACACCUUCACCACAACCUUCUCUGAGCCCCUUUAUGCUGCAUUCGGAGUAUGGAAGGGCUGUGUUAGGAUAUGA